UUAAAUAUUACCAGCUGUUACGAACCAAAGAAAUUAUUAGUUUAUAGAAAUCAAUUACUUAAAAAAUAAUAAUAAACGGCAAGAGAUAGAAGAGGCUCAAAGGGGUUCUUUCGGAAGUGGUCAACGGGGUGUUCAAAUCAUUAUGUCUGAGUGGGCGGGCGCUGCAAUAAGGGGCGAUGCUGGAAUGUGGCCCUUGGACACAGCGUCUUUUUACGUUAAGGAUGCGCCAUACGAUAAUGCAGUUUGGCACCAAGAGUACAGAUGGGAUUGGGAGAUGGAAAAAUACGAAAUGCGAAAGUAUUGGGCCCCAGAAAGCUUCAAAUUUCCUGCGAAUACCGAAGUUCCAUUUGAUGAACCAAUGGAGGAGAUAGUUGGUGUGCUCGGGGUGAACACAGGCUACCUCCCGCUGUCACGUCUUCCCAGCAUUCCCCCAAUGAAGGGGUAUCGUCCGAGAAGUCCAGCCCUUGCCUUGGUAUAAUUACAAAAAUAUAAACUGGAGUGGGAAAAACCAGUAUCAAUCUAUCAAGGGUGGAACAUUCGUUGGAAUCUAGAGUUUGAAACUGUUUGGUUUCCUUGUUAAGAAGUUUAAGAGGAGGAUUUCUAGAAGGCACUGUCGGUUCAUUUUGUUGAGAAUUUUCCUAUUAAGUUGUAUGUAAUUUACUUUUGGG